GGGGCUCUUGGGCGCGCGCAGGGCUGUGGCAGGAGCCCCCUCCGCGGGUGGGGAGGCCGGGUGCCCUGCACGGCACCCCCGUCCUGGGCCCCUCGACGGCCUGGGGGCUCCCCUUGGAGUGGGGCCUGGCUGCACGUCCUGGUGAGCAAGGACCCACUGGCUCGAGGCCCGGAGAGGCCCCCACGUGCGUCCUCGUUCUGUGGGGCAGCACGCGCCCCCGUCCCUGCGCCCCGGAGGCCCAGGCCACCCGUGCGGGAGGAUGGCCCCGAGCCGGGCCUUGCUGUCCCUGCAGCCGACGUGGACGCUUUCAACCUGCUCCUGGAGAUGAAGCUGAAGAGGCGGCAAGAGCGGCCCAACCUGCCGCGCACGGUGACUGAGCUGGUGGCCGAGGACGGGAGCCGCGUGUACGUGGUGGGCACAGCCCACUUCAGCGACGACAGCAAGAAGGACGUGGUGAAGACCAUCCGGGAGGUGCAGCCCGACGUGGUGGUGGUGGAGCUGUGCCAGUACCGCGUGUCCAUGCUGAAGAUGGACGAGCGCACGCUGCUGCGUGAGGCCAAGGAGAUCAGCCUGGAGAAGCUGCAGCAGGCCGUCAGGCAGAACGGGGUCAUGUCAGGACUCAUGCAGAUGCUGCUGUUGAAGGUGUCCGCCCACAUCACUGAGCAGCUGGGCAUGGCCCCUGGCGGCGAGUUCAGGGAGGCUUUCAAGGAGGCCAGCAAGGUGCCUUUCUGCAAGUUCCACCUGGGCGACCGGCCUAUCCCCGUCACCUUCAAGAGGGCCAUCGCUGCCCUCUCCUUCUGGCAGAAGAUCAAGCUGGCCUGGGGCCUGUGUUUCCUGUCGGACCCUAUCAGCAAGGAUGACGUGGAGCGGUGCAAACAGAAGGACCUGCUGGAGCAGAUGAUGGCCGAGAUGAUCGGCGAGUUCCCCGACCUGCACCGCACCAUCGUGUCUGAGCGGGACAUCUACCUGACCUACGUGCUGAGGCAGGCGGCCCGGCGCCUGGAGCUGCCUCGCGCCUCUGAUGCCGAGCCCAGGAAGUGCGUCCCCUCCGUGGUGGUGGGCGUCGUGGGCAUGGGCCACGUCCCUGGCAUCGAGAAGAACUGGACCACCGACCUCAACAUCCAGGAGAUAAUGACUGUGCCCCCGCCGUCCGUCUCCAGCAGAGUGUCCUGGCUGGCCGUGAAGGCCGCCUUCUUGGGCCUCCUGGGCUACGGCCUGUACUGGAUGGGGCGCCGUGCCAGCAGCCUGGUCUUGUCACUGCCUGCCGCCCAGUACUGCCUGCGGAGGGCCUCUGAGGCCUGGCCACACAAGUAGGAAGGACCGAGGGAGCCACCACGUCCGUCCGGGGGGCUGCCCGCGGCUGCUCCUAUGACACGGCCGAGGGGCACGGGGGGCCGGCCCCCUGAGGAGCCCCUGGGUGCCACCCCCCAAGGGGGUCCGGCCUAGCCUCGCCUGCCCUCUCCCAACCCGCCCAAAUAAAGAAUUAUUUCACUGUCUGAGCUCGGGCUUCCCAGCAGCCCCCCUCCACCCCCGCCCUGCGGCCCCGAGCAAGUUCACCGGCCCGCUAUGAGCUGGCGGGGGAGGGGUGAGGCGCGGUGGGCCGCAGCCGGCCAGCCCCGACCUCACUGUGCCUUCUCUCCGCGUCGCAGGGGGCGCCUCGCGGGGCUGCCGGGCCAGCACGCUGGGGAGGGGCAGCUUGGCCCGUGCAGCCCUUCACGUGGCUCCUUGGCGCCCCCUGAGGGGGUGGCGGCCCCGGGAGGGGGCGGGGGUGGGGGGGCGCCAGCAACAGCUGUGCCUACAGACCUACAGAGGUUGUGCGUUUCUGGCUUUUGAAAGUGUCUGAAACUUUUCUACUCAGGUAUUUUUAACUUAAAACAAACUGAAGCAAAUGUCAGGAAAUGCUAGCCUUAAAUCUGGUUGGGACAAAGAGAACAUCUUUCUCUUGGAGUCUCGGUCCCAGGAAGACAGGGGUGUGGCGAGGGUCGGUUUUGGCCAUGGGCAACCAGGCUGGCCUCCAACCGCUGCCCGUCCAGCUGCCCCCGUGGUCUGCCUCCCACUGUGGGGGGUCCAGGGCCACCGCCCUCUCGGGGUGGAGCCUGCCUGGCCCGUGGGCGGUUGAACCUGCUUCCUGUGCAGCUGGUGGUGGGACCUGGGGGUCACCCCGACCCUCAGUGGAUAGGUGGCAGUUGUCCACCAGGGCCCGCCGGUUUGCACAGGAACCGCCUUGAGAGCAGCUGGGCCCAAGGUCGAGCUGGCCCCAUACAGCUCUUGACCCCGGUCAUUACCUGUUUGCGUCGUGUCCUGGUCACCUGUUUUCGACGUAGCAUCUGUGCAUCCCGUCAGGGGCCCGGGGCCAUGUUUGGUUGUGUCUGUGUUGACUCAGUGUCUAAAUCAGGUGAAACCCACGGCCACGAUCUGGGCCAGGGAGCCUUGGGCUGGGCCAUGUCCUUGUCCUUCACGCGCUCGUGUACACGUCCCUUAGAG